UUUGUGGAAUGCCAACCGUUCCUUCCCCUAGGAAUUAGUGGAGCCUCUAGUCUCAUUCCAGAGGGACACAGAGAGAGAGAGAGAGAGUGGUGGAAUUACUCACUCUCUCUGUUGGCCCCAAGGCCUUGUUGUUUCGUCGCCUCUCUGGUGUUGUAUGAAUUGUUCUUUCAGAUAACACAUCAACCAAAGCAGGAAGAGAGGGAAGCACACACAAUUAAGUAAUUGACAAUGAGCAAGGCCUCCAUUUCCAAGGAGCUCAACGACAAGCACACCAAGAUUUUAGAAGGUCUUCUUAAGCUGCCAGAAAACCGGGAAUGUGCUGAUUGUCGGAGCAAAGCCCCACGAUGGGCAAGUGUGAAUCUGGGAAUAUUUAUUUGCAUGCAAUGUUCAGGAAUUCAUCGGAGCCUUGGAGUGCACAUUUCAAAGGUCCGGUCUACUACUUUGGAUACAUGGCUGCCAGAGCAGAUUGCUUUUAUGGAAUCUUUGGGUAAUGAGAAGGCAAACAAUUAUUGGGAAAAAAAGUUGCCACUAAAUGCAGACAGAAGUGCGAUCGAGAAGUUUAUUCGUGCCAAGUAUGAGGGAAAAAAGUGGGUUGCAAAGGAUGCAAAACAGCCCGCUCCUGAACCAGUUGAAAUGGGCACCAGUUCCAACAAGUUGGUUGAAGGUGGAGCCACCAGUGGCAAGAAACUAAGGAGGCAUUCUCUUGAGGAAGCAAUACUUCCUACACAUCUUUCAGAAGAUGCUCCUCCAGUAGCAAGACCCCGCACGGGUUCUUUAGAUUUGAAUCACAUUUAUACUAAUUCACCUCUACCAAAGGGGUCAGCACCGAUGACAGAUUGCGAUACGGCAACAAGAAAGAACAACAGUGCAACAGAUCUCUUCAAUUUGCUUUCUGUCCAUGAUGCAAAACAGGAAUGUCAUACUGUACCUCCUGCACGCUGGGCAACUUUUGAUUAUCCAAAUUGUUGUUUGCAGGACAGGACUCUUUGACUUAAGCCCCUGGAAUUAAUGUUUGGCCAGCUGCUGACAUUAAAGUCAGAGUGGUAGCUGAAGUGUGGGCAAUGUUUGUUCCUAGCAGGAAAUGUGGGAUUGGACAGCACAUAUAACUCUUCAUCAAGAUUUGUUGCUGUUUCAACUUGAUAUUGGCAUAUUUUGCAAUUCCUUUCAAAUUUCGGCAAGAUCUCAGUCAAGAAAUACAUUGUCACACAUCCUUCAUGGUGCUGAGAUAUGGUAAUUUUGUUUCUAGUUUUUAGUCUGGAUUCAUAUAUGAAAGAAGAGAGGGUGAAGGGUAUGUACACAUCACAGAAGGCUAUCUAUAAUAGUAGCAGGAGAAGGGAUGUAAUUAAGCCUUAUUGUUCUUUUUUUGUUUAAUUAAAAAGAAAAAAACAAGUGUAUCAUUUUUACAAGAUUUCAUAGGUCAUACUAAGUAAGAGCAGGUGGCUAAGAUUAAUGUCAUGAUGAUAUCCAACAAUAUUAUCACA